UGACUUCCUUGAACUUCCCUCUGAGUUUCUAAUAAAAGGCAGUGAAAUUGAAAAGUGAAGCUGAACUGAAACUGUUCAGAGUUUUACUGCCUACUUCUUCUAACUGGUGCCCACCCAUACCACCUUAAACCCAGCCCCAUACCACCUUAACGUCCGUGGACAGAACCGUCUCCUCCAGGUUCAAUGCGUUGGUUUAGAGUCAGUGAUGAUGUCAGACUGUGAUCAGGACGAAGACGACAGAGGAAAAAACCUGUGUGAGGGUUCAGAUGAUGACGGGCGGAGGAUGAAGAGGAGGGAGAAGAACAGAGUGGCCGCCCAGAAAAGUAGAAAACGACAAACUCAGAGAGCAGAUCUACUGCACCAGGCCUGUGAAGUCCUGGAAGAACGGAACCGGAACCUGAGAAGAGAGGUGGACUCGUUGUCUGAGGAACAAUAUCUUCUCACUGAGGCCCUGAGGACCCACGAGCCCCUCUGUCCCAUCAUGCACUGCUCCUUCACCUCCUCCACCUCCUCCACUCUGGGAGUCCAACCAGGGAAGAUGGCCGCCAUCUGACCAUCUUCACCAUCUUUAUCUCCAUAAUCUUCAUCCUCAUGGGUUCAGGUUGGACUUGGUGCUGUUCCACUGUGUUCCUGCAGAGGGCGCCCUCCUCCAUCUACUGUAUGUGACAGUGUGUAAACAGCUCCAUCUGCUGGUGAAUGGAAUAAUACAGACAGAA